GCCGCCCGCCCCCAAAACUAAAACCCGAAGGCUCAGCCCUUUUUCUUCUCCGAUUUCAUCGCUCUCGAUUCCGGCGAAAUCCCUAACAAGAAGAAGAAGAAGCGGUCGCGGAUCACUCCUACCUCCGCCCGUCCCUUUAGAAGAGGAAAUCCUCCCGCGUUUCUUCCCAAGCUCCUCACGCUCAUCCCUACUCUCCUCCGCCGAAACCCUAGCUCCAGUCCUCCGCCGAAGCCCCAGCCCCUGAAGAUCAUCUGUCGGCUAGCACGAGGAGGCCGAAGCCCUGAGCAGCAGAAGUUCUUUCCAACUCGGAAGGGAUUGGACUAUAUAUGGAUUUGGAGACGGAGAACCGCCUUGCUGCCUUAUUGAUGGAGGAGGCAAGGCGAUUGCGGGCUGAAGCUGAAAAAGAAGGCGUGCAUGCUUAUCUACGGCAGCCUAAUGUAAGGGGUCGCCCAAAUUCACGUUUCCUAACUGCCACUGUUCUUGGAGUGGAACAAGCAAAUAGAGCAGUGGAAGUGAACGAAAUGUGGCGUGCUCGGGAGAAGGAGAUGGAGCUCGAUAUGAAGCUAAAGAAUAGAGCAAGAAACAACGAUAUACACAAUAAUGAGAGGAGCCGUGGAAAUUCCCGUAAAAGGGUUUCUUCUAGUUCAAGGCAUGAUGAAGAAGACUGUACAAGCUCUGCCUUACGUUCAGCAAGCAAACUUGGUCAUGGUGCUCAUGCUUGUUACUCAAGCGAGGAUGGUGGUCUGAGGGAUGACGAAGUGGAAGAGUUUCUCCUCUCAAGGGCUAAAAGGGGUCGAGGUGCUAUUGGCUCGAGGAUGGAUGAACCUGGUCCCUAUCCUUCCAUAGAUAGCGAUGCUGGAAAAACGUUGGUUCAUCCCGAGACGAGAGAGAAAGAAGAGUGGGAACAUCGAAUUCUUGGUCCAGAGAAGCCAUCAUACAUAAAACUUCAAGAGUCUUCAGAUGAUGAAGUUCAUUAUACAGGUAUCUCGAGGAAAAAACGUUGUUCUAAGGAGAAGAGGAAGAAGAGAUCGAGGGAGGAAAGAUCAGAAAGAAAGAAAAGUAGAGAGAAGAAAAAGAGCCAGCACCGACGCCAUAAGAGUAGAAGUAGAAGUGAUUCAGAUUGAUCUGAGUAAAUUAAGGGGACGAUAUUUGCAUCAACGAGUGUUUGUAAUAUAUAUUUCACAAAGUGAGGGUGUUUCUUGAGAGCUGUAAUUAAUGUUCUCUUGGAAGUGCUGUAUUGAGACUGUGAAUAGUACAGUCUGUUUGUUAUGCGCUCGUAGAAGUGAACUCUCGAAGUUAUCUCCUAAAGUAACAAUUUGCCUAUUUUUUCCCCCUUAAACUAUGUAUAUGUAUAUCCAAUGCGAUAGUAAAUUAAUGGCAUGAUGUUGUUA